UUAUGGUUGACAAUAUCAAGGACACCGCAGUCAAAGUGCUGGGCUGUGUGGACAAGUUGGCCUCCUUCGCCUCCUCCAUCGACCCAAUGUUUACCGUCGUCUCUUCUGUGGUUCGUGUAGCCAGAAAGGGCCUAAUGAAAAAAGGGCCCAAUCCUCCGGACAAGGACUUCCAGGCCAUCCACGACAAACUGAAGAGCAUCUCCAAUAAAAACCAUGAAGCCCUAAAUGAUAUCCGCAUAAACGAGGUGAACGAAACUUAUGUCACGUAUGAAAAUAACAUCAAGUACCAGUACGAUGCUUUCAUCACCAUGAUGGCAGAGGUGAACAAAAACCCAGACAACAGCGAGGUGUACAUGGAGACCUUUAAAAAUACUUAUGAAAAGACCAAGUCGGAUAUGGGCCUGGAUGUUUUCUACCGCGGUGUGAUCGGCACAGACGCGGUGUUUGCAAGACCCCUGCUGGAUGUGUAUUUUGAGAACUGUGAUGGAGACCGUGAAAUCAUGGAGCGCCGCUGCUCUCACAUCGCACACCUCUUCCACAUUGGCCUCAUCGCGUUGAUGGGGUACACUGCCGUUACUUACGACGAUGAAGAUGGGGUGCGCGAGAAGUGGAGCGACAAGAUGAGCGAAAUCCAGAAUAAGAUGGAGGAGGUUCUCAGCAAGUGUAAAAACAAGUAAUCCUGAACAGAGGCUAAUAAAGGAAGGAUGUUCUUUGGCUGUGCUACCAGCACAGAGAAGAGUCUGUAAUCUCAGCAGGAAAAAUAAUCAGUUAUGUGCUUUUCACAGAUAAAAAACAAAAACAAAGCCAGAUUAGAUGUGUGCACGGGUUUAGUUAUAGUAUCGACUGUGAUUA